AUGUUACGUAAUAUCAUUAAGCUCAAAGGAUUUGGAAAACGAGCUAAUGCAGGAUUUCUGAAGCCUUCGCUAUCUCGUGCCCAGCUGACGCGAUGCUGCUAUUACAACAAUGGCCCUUCAUAUCACCGAUUUGAUAACGAUAAAUAUUCCCACAAAUCGUCAUUCAGGAACCUCCUUCUUGAUAAGUCAUCAAGAAAAUACCUGGCCCUACUAUUUGGCGGAUGUACCCUAUUUUAUUUCACACACUUGGAUCAAGCACCAGUAAGCAAUAGGUCCAGAUUCAUUUGGGUAUCACGUCCCUUAGAGUUGACCAUCGGGAAUUACACAUAUAAAUCAAUUUGGAGGCAAACACAGCAGGCAAUUUUGCCUCCACAGCAUCCAUUGUCCAUAAAAAUUGAGAAUAUUUUCCUGAAAAUAGUUGAAGCUGCUUACAAAGACCCCAGUGUGGAUAACUCCUUGCUGGACGGAAUCAAAUGGGAAAUCCAUGUGGUCAAUGAUCCCACUGCCUCACCGAAUGCAUUUGUUUUACCAGGCGGGAAGGUGUUCAUAUUCAGCUCUAUUUUACCCAUCUGCGCCAAUGAUGAUGGGAUCGCCACUGUUUUAUCACAUGAGUUUGCACAUCAGUUGGCAAGACAUACAGCCGAAAACUUAUCAAAGGCCCCAAUAUAUUCCCUAUUAGGUUUGGUAUUAUAUACUGUCACUGGAGCUAAUGCUAUUAAUAAUUUAUUAUUGGAUGGAUUCUUGCGAAUGCCAGCGUCGAGACAAAUGGAGACUGAAGCCGACUACGUUGGUUUGAUGAUUAUGUCAAGAGCAUGCUUUCAGCCACAAGAAUCCAUAAAAGUGUGGGAGAGAAUGGCAAACUUUGAGAAGCAACUAAAUAAAGGAGAUGUUGCGAAUAUGGAGUUUCUGAGUACACAUCCCGCAAGUGUCCGCAGAAUAGAAAACAUGUCAAAGUGGCUGCCAAAAGCAAAUGAAAUCUACGAACAAUCUGACUGUAGCCAUAUGGGCAACUAUUAUAGAAGUUUUUUCUUGAAGUAG